AUGUUGCUAGUUUCUCCAGCAUCCACCUCCCUAUUAUCAAACCCACUUCAAAGCAUCCAUGCCGCAUACAAAACAACAACCAGAUUGCAAGCCCCAGCCAAGGUCUUAGCCAUGGCAAAGCAAACCAGCGACGACAGCAGCAGCAGCACCAUUGCAGAGAAAGCAGCCAUAGCAGGAGGCCUAGUCUCCACCCCAGUGAUUGGCUGGUCACUCUACACCCUCAAAACAACCGGCUGCGGCCUGCCGCCCGGACCCGGUGGUUCCAUCGGUGCCCUUGAAGGCGUGAGCUAUUUGGCUGUCCUGGGAAUUGUAGGGUGGUCCUUGUACACCAAGACCAAAACUGGCUCUGGCCUCCCUAAUGGCCCUUUUGGCCUUUUGGGUGCUGUUGAAGGUCUCUCUUACUUGUCUUUGCUCUCCAUUUUGGUGGUGUUUGGGCUCCAGUUUUUUCAGCAGGGCUCCAUUCCAGGACCCCUCCCCAGUGACCAGUGCUUUGGAUGA